GUGAUACGUUUUCCUAAUAUUAUGUUGCAGCGUCCAUCCGGUCUGUGAGAUGUUUGACUUGUGGAAGCAGGACUGACAGAAGGAGCAUGGUCAAACACCAACCCCUCCAAGUCUAUGAGCGCCAGCUGUGUUUGUCUUGCAUCACCGGGAUCUACGGUUGCCGCUGGAAACGCUAUCAGCGCUCCCAUGAUGACACCACCAAGUGGGAGUUGCUGUGGUCCCUCGUCCUGCUUUUUACCUUCUGCGCUCUGCUGGUCUGGUUCUACUUCUGGCUGGAAGCGCACAAUGACUACAAUGAGUUUAACUGGUCCCUCUACAACCGCUCCGGCGAGUGGAGCGAUGGCACCGUUCCAGUCUUGGCCACCACCGCUGCUGGCUUCACCUACAUUGCCUUUUUAAUGGUUUUAGCCCUUUGUCACGUUGCUCUCGGCCAGCAGCUGAAUUUGCAUUGGUUGCAUAAGAUAGGAGUCACUGCAGCUCUGCUGACGACUGUCGUCGGGGUGAUCUCCAUCAAUGAAACAUGGCAGCACGAGUGGGACAUCAUCCCCAUCUCCUUGCAGGCCACGGGCCCGUUCCUGCACAUCGGUGCCGUUGCUGCAGCCACAGCUCUGUCCUGGAUAGUGGCCGGACAGGUCGCCCGCGCGGAUAAAACGUCGUUCCAGGUGGUGGUCCUGGUCCUGUAUCUCAGUUUGUUACUGGGUCUGUACGUGGUGCCGCUGUACAUCGCCUCCCCUUGCAUCAUGGACCCCAGCAACCUCAGGCCCCGCCCCGAUGUUAUUGGUCACCAGGGGGCCCCCAUGCUUGCGCCGGAGAACACAAUGUGGUCCUUUCAGCGAGCACUACAAAUGAAUGUCACAGGGUGGGAGACAGAUGUUGCAAUCAGCGUCGACGGCAUUCCAUUCCUGAUGCACGACCGAACCCUGCGCAGGACGACCGACGUCGAGAACAUUUUUCCCGACAGGCAGAUGGAGGACGGCGCGUUUUUCAAUUGGACCGAUCUGCAGCAGCUCAAUGCAGGACGGUGGUUCCUCAAGGACGACCCCUUCUGGACGACGCACACUCUUUCGUCCCACGAAAGAAGCCUAAUUGCAAACCAGAGUGUGUGCAGCCUCGAGGAGCUACUAAAACUGGCCUCUUACCACAACGCCACCGUGGUGUUCAGGCUCAGGAGACCCCCUGUGGGCCACCGCUGCUACCACAGCUGGAUCAAUGACACUCUGCAGGCCGUGGAGCGAUCCGGGGUUCCUCAAAGUCUGGUGAUGUGGACUCCGGACGAAGACAGGGAUCAGGUGAGACAGCUUGCACCCGGUCUGGUCCAGACAUCCUUGGUCAAGCAAGAUCCUCAACGCCUCAGAGAGGCGAGUAUCAGCCAGCUGGUACUCAGAUACAGCCAGGCGACCACUCGGGAAAUCAGGGACUUGUCGGAGAAAAACAUCAGCCUUACCCUCUACACGGUCAACGAGCCCUGGUUGUACUCGGUGCUGUGGUGCAGCGACGUGUCUGCUGUGUCAUCUGAGGCACCGCAUGUCCUCAAAAAGGUGCCUUACCCCAUCUGGCUCUUGAAACCAGAUGAAUACUGCCUGAUGUGGGUGUGUGCAGACCUCAUCUCCUUUGUGGCGGUCAUAGCAAUAUUCAUAUUACAGAAGUAUCGCACCAGCGGGAUGCGAAGCUACAACCCCGAGCAGAUCAUGUUGAGCGCCGCGGUGAGGAGGUCCAGUCGGGACCUCAACGUCAUGAAGGAGAAACUCAUCUUCUCCGAGGUGGGGAAUGGCGUCGGGAGCGGCGAGGAGCCGUAUGCGGACGGCCCCAAUGACUAUGACUACUACGCGGACAAAGGUGGGAGCCAAUGACGGAGCGAGCGAGCGAACCUCCGGUUGCUUUGUGUACAUUGUGUAAAUAAGCUUCGGCUUCCCGGACCCGCAUCGGACUCAGCACUUUUCCAAGCCGUGGAAUU